GCCCGCCUCCCCGGCGCAAUGGACUCCGCGGCGGCACGGCUGCUGGAGGCUGCAGACUUCGCGGCUCGCAAGCACCGCUGGCAGCGGCGGAAGGACCCCGAAGGGACCCCCUAUAUCAACCACCCCAUCGGUGUGGCUCGCAUCCUGACCCACGAGGCCGGCAUCGCUGACGUGGUGGUGUUACAGGCCGCCCUGCUCCACGACACGGUGGAGGACACCGACACCACCCUGGAUGAACUGGAGCUGCACUUCGGGGCACAGGUGCGGCGUCUGGUGGCGGAGGUGACAGACGACAAGACUCUGCCCAAGCUGGAGAGGAAGCGGCUGCAGGUGGAGCGGGCGCCCCACAGCAGCCCCGGCGCCAAGCUGGUGAAGCUGGCGGACAAGCUGCACAACCUGAGGGACCUGAACCGCUGCACCCCUCAGGGGUGGUCCGCGGCCCGCGUCCAGGAGUACUUCCAGUGGGCGGCGCAGGUGGUCAGAGGGCUGCAGGGGACGAGCCCGCCGCUGGAGGAGGCGCUGCGGCAGCUGUUCAAGGAGCGGGGGCGGACGCGGCAGUCGAGGACCCGCUUGCGCUGGCGGGGUGCGCGGACGGAGCCGUGCGACCACACGUGGCAGCGCCACGUCACCCCCGCGCCUUACUGGUUUGACCCCACCGAGAGCCCGGAGCCGCGACGCCGGUCUCCUAAUUUCCGUGGGCACCUCGAGGGAGAGGCUCACUCUGACCGGCGGACAGCCAGCGUCUUCCACGCCUGA